UUAUCAUAACUUAUAGUAAUAUGUUUGUAACACAACGUUAAUUUUUUUGAGAUACAUAUGUUUUACUUUAUGUGUUGGAGAAGGAAACCAAUAUAUCUGUGAUUGGAUCCAGGAGGUUAUCUUUAUGACGUAAUCACCGUCAAUCUAAGGUGGGUUGUAGUCUGAGAUAAUUGACGCCGCCAUUAUUGACGAAGACUGACACUUAGGUGUUGUGGUACAAGUAUGCAAGAACCCUCUCCUGGGACAACGCAAGGUAUUACAGUUGUCCCACCGAGUGUUGCCAUACCUGUGAUUCCAAACACCUCUUCGCAAAUGAUUGGUCAGUGCAGGGAUAUGUCAGAGGUGUCUGGACAAGCACUAGUUGGAGGCAGUAUGACAUCUCAACCUGCUAUGGACCCAGCAGCUCAGUCACAGUUUGAGGCAGAUAAAAGAGCUGUCUACAAGCACCCAUUGUUCCCACUUUUGGCUUUAUUAUUUGAAAAAUGUGAAAUAGCAAUGCAGAGUUCUGAAUCACCUCUCUCAGAGAGCUUUAACAUGGAUAUUCAAGCCUUUGUGCAGCAUCAAGAGAGAGACAGGAAACCAAUCUUUAGUGAUAACCCUGAAGUGGAUGGCUUGAUGAUUAAAGCCAUUCAGGUGUUAAGGAUUCAUCUGUUAGAGCUGGAGAAAGUGCAAGAACUUUGUAAAGACUUUUGCAACCGCUACAUUGCUUGUUUAAAAAAUAAAAUGCAAAGUGAAAAUUUGCUUCGAUCUGAAUAUCCAACUCUUGCUAAUGGCACAUCAUCUUCUGCAGAGUCUAGUCCUGGAAGUACACCAAACAGCAGUCAACAUCAGCCAGGCUUGACAAGUGAUGGAUCUCUUGGUAACAUAGUUUUGCAGCAGGGUAUGUCCCAGAACCCCAUGAUAAGUCCAAGCCAGAUUGUUUCAGGUGGAACAGUCUAUCAGAUGGUACAAACACCACAAGGCAUUGUAGCUCAGCCAGUUCAGAUUCAGAAUACACAGAUUCAGACAAAUACAACAUCAUCUCAUAUAAUUCAUGGGAGCACUCCACUUUCCCAGAUAGGUGCUUCUUCUAGUGGAGCACCAGGAGAAAACAGGGUUCCACCUAUUGCUCCUAAAGGAAUAUUAUCUCAAGGAGACAGUGAGGAAGAAGAUCUUGGAAGUAAAAAGAAACAGAAAAGAGGUGUUCUUCCAAAAUAUGCAACUAGUGUCAUGCGUUCUUGGCUCUUCCAGCACAUAGUGCAUCCUUAUCCUACAGAAGAUGAAAAAAGGCAGAUAGCAGCACAGAUCAAUCUUAACCUCUUACAAGUUAAUAACUGGUUUAUUAAUGCCAGGCGGAGAAUUCUUCAGCCAAUGUUAGAUGCCAGUAAUCCAGAUGCAAGUCAUAAGGCCAAGAAAGUCAAAACCCAAACUUCUCGUCAAGCUCAACGUUUUUGGCCAGAAAAUAUUGCUACCCUUAAGCCAAAUGUUUCUUGCAAAGCGAAUCAACAAACAAACAGUAUGAGUGGUAGUUGUAGUCAAAAUACAACUCCUUCGUCAAACCACUCGAGCUCACAAGAUGGCAUGAAUACAACAAAAGAUGACAAAGAAAACCCACAAAGGAAUCAUCACACUCCUCCAACAUCACCAGAAGGCAGCACAGGAAUAAGCCAUAAUGAAUCAGACAUCUUGUCAGAAGAGGAGAAGAUGGUUAUAGAAGAAAAACCAUCUGUUGAAAAUUGUAAAAAGUGACAUAAUUACUUGUAUUUAUGAUUCAUAAUUCUUUUUGUGAUGACAGAUUGUGUGGUAAUGGAAAGUUGUACAUUUUCCUGUAGUUCUUGUUAACCCUAUAUAACUAUCAUUUGAAAGUGCAAUUUUGUCAAACAUACUAUCCUUUUCAAAGGUUAGUUGAAAAAUUGGGUAUCACUGGGAUGCAAUAUUGUGAUGUACAUAUACAUAUGUAAAUUUACAAACAGUAGAAACAGCACAUAAGUCUGCAUUUAAUAAAACCUAUCAACUGUUGAAAGCAGUUUUAUUUAAUCAAACAUAAGUUGUUGUUUCGUCCUAAAUCUGAUAACUCUAAUAAAGAGAAAAAUAUUGAAAGAAACAUUGUAACACUUGUAUGUAGUUUUCAAAGUUAUCCUGUCAUUUUCUGACCACAUGUUUUAAUGUAUAAACCCUAAAUUUAUCUGAAUUUGUCAUUCAAUAGUUUCAGUAUUCUCCUUAAUAUUUUUCUUCUUCUCUGUUUGUUUUACUUACAGACUAACAUAAAAGUAUUUCAACAUAUUGACAUAACAUGCUAUGGUUUUGAGUGAACUUUAUUUUCCAGUAUAUUUGUUUUUAAAAUUGUCUAUUAUAUAUAUAUAU